GCACGUGCGCCUCUCCCUCAGUAUCGUUCGCGCGACCGAUAAGUGACCUGGGUUACUCGCAUCAUAGAUCGUAGGGACGAAGCUCGGAAGGAAGGCGAAUAGACUAGAAGAGACAAAUCGGAAAGUAAUUCUGUGAACGAUGGUAUCCUCGACGAUGACGGAAGUAGAUCCGAUAAAAAAAUCAUGUGGCACGAUGGGCAUCGCGCCGGGCGAUUAUCGCCUGGUUGGCUGGGACAUGGACACCACCGGUAAGAAAGUCAUCGACGAAAUCUGCCAAAUAGCUGCCUACACCCCCAGCUCCAUUUACUCCCAGUACGUGAUGCCGUAUAAGGAUCUCAAUCCGACCGCCAUAAAGCGACACAGUAUGAAGGUCGUGACCAACGGCAAAUUCCGCGUGCUCAGGAACAGUAAGACCAACGAGGUAAUCAAAUCCAAGAGCGAAAUAUCCGCGCUGACGGAUUUCUUGACCUGGAUGGAGACUAUGAAAGGAAACGCGGACGGUGUAAUUUUGGUUUAUCACGAGCCGCGCAAAGUCAUCCCCGCUAUGUUACUCGAGUCGUUAAAGAAGUACGAUCUUCUCGAUCGGUUUAAACAGACGGUCAAGGGAUUUGCGAAUGGAUUCAACAUUGCUGAAGACAAAUGCGCGAACAUGGCACAUAUUUAUUCUCUUCGCACUCUGUCACGCACGCUGUUGAAGAAGGAAAUGAAUCUGGGAAAUGCGCAAGAUAGAGCAUCGCUGGCGUUGCAAAUAGCGCAAUACUUGUGUUCGAUUGAAAACAUUAAAGUCGAAGAUGCGAGCGAAAGCGCGGACAAUGAUGCAGCUAUGAAAAAAACGAUCGAGUUGAUUCGAGAAUUCGCGCAGCCUGUUGACAUCGAGGAGCAGGAACACAACGAAUUGAAAAUGGUAUUUGAACGGCAAAACAAUUUGCGGCCGAUAUUCAGCGCCCUGUUCCGUAUGAACCGCCGCGAACGUCAACAUGCUAGUCCCCUCCGGCGAUUGCUUGCCGAAGCCGGGAUCGUGUACUCUGAGUUACAGGACGCCUGGACCAACGCAAAGAAGGAUGGAUUGGAGCAUUUGAUGAAGGAGAAGUUGCCGAAGGUUGAUGAGAAAAAAAUAGAAGAUUUGAUGAUUAUCCUCGAGCGUCACUUCGAUCCGGAGAAGAAGCCGAAGAGUAGAACGCCGGAGAAGAAAGGCACCAGAUCAAGGAACGAGAAGAAGAUAAGCGAGGAUAAGGAGAAUAACAACAAGAGCGAUUCAGGCCACGACAGCCCCGACACCACCACGUCCGGUUCCCCUGUCAAAAUGAACGGCAACAACAUCGAGAUUAAAGCGGAGGAGUGCGCUUUAACACAAGAAUGUACCGACAGCGUUUAACGAUACUGACUUCUUUUACACGCCGCAGAACAAAAGCAAAACAUCGCGGCCAUUAUGUUUUUAUUGCUUGUUAUAAUUUUUCGGACAAACGAGCAAACGUGGAUUCUUUUUUGUUGCCAUAUCAAUGACGAAAAAAAAUUGAUAAUUAACGCAAACGACGAACGUAGAUUUGGCGUGCCGAGAUGAAAUACAGCACGCGUUCAAUCGAAUUUACUGCAUUAAAACGUGCUGUGUUUUGUAGAACAAUCGCUAAAUUUAUGUUCCUUUUACGUUGAACAGAGUCGCGAAAAGAUCUCUUUCUUUUUGAGGUAAUUCUGAGAUAAAUGUGUUAACACAUUACGAUCGCCCUAUCGGGUGAUAUUGUGCGUGAUUAACGACAAGUGUUAUUUGUUGCAGUAUUGUAUUUUUUUCUUUUUUUUUACUUUUUUGUUUAGUUGUUCCCCGACAGGCGUUAUAUUAAGAAGAGGACAGGUUUCCUACGAGACACGCCGUCAGAUUUAACUCAAAUGUACAAAUAACACGUUAAAUGACGUUUAGUUUAUUUACGCGAAAAGAUAUAUUUAAUAUCGUUUACAUUUCAUAAUUUUAUACUAGUUUGUUUUCUCUUUCUCUUUUCUCUUAUUUCAUUCUCUUCUUUUCUACAGAAUUUGUACGCUCGCUAUACAUGGCGAAAGCGUCCAUUUAUAGACUGCUCCGUGUGAAAAGCAUAGAAAAUAUCGCGGGCUUUGUUAUCACAUAGUUCACGACGUGUACGAUAGUGUGCACGAUAUUUUCUACUUUUUACCGUUUAAGCCGCGCGCAAGGCGCAUGUGGUAAUAUUAGAGAGAUAUAUAUUUUUAUAUUGUCGCACGAUUAUAUAAUAUGCCAUUUCAUUUCUGCUGCGGGAGCUCAUUGUAUUAGUAUUGGAUAAUAAAGAUUCGAGUUUAGUUACAA